AUGACGUACAGGUCACAUCCUCUCAGGCAAUCGCAAACCUUGGAACCCUCAAGCGCCGUCAAUCGUCAACCUUCUACUGCAUCAUCGUCAGCCUCUUCCGGCUACUCCGACACUUCGGCCCGUAGCCGCGCAAGCACACAAUAUUCUUCUGCCUCGAGCGGGUAUGCAGCACACGUCCAUAAGCGCGGCCUGAGCGAGAUUUCUCCUUCGACUCAUACAUCGAGCCACGCAAUGUUCGGUCUCGACCCCGCCAAGUCUAAGAAGGAAGAACCGGAAAAUAUAUACAACAUGGCCCGCCAGUCGCUGCGCCCACUGCCGCAGCCUCCUGCACCUGGUAUCCCGGAUUCUGUCCCUUCCCCUCCUCGGCAUCUUCAACGUCAUGACCGUGGUCAGAGCGUAGACAUGGGCAAGCUUUCCUUGAACCACUACAAUGACAGCAGCAUCUCUCCAACCCAACCUUCGCGGACUCUAGUCAUCAGGCCGAAUUCCAUGCUCCACACUCGAUCCGAUUCAGUCAACAAAGGUAGCGCUGCGCUUCCUCACUCGCAUUCUCCUCUUGCGCCCCUGUCCCAUUCCCACACGACUACCAUCGAGCGGCCCGAUCUUCAGAAACUGGGUCGAUCGUCCACCAGUCACUUCCGAACAUUGUCACGGUUAGCGCAGUCCGAGUCCACCGAAGAAUUCAAGAUCAACGAGCCGGCGGAAGAGGUUGUGGGCUUGCGGGGACGGCGCAGGCUGCAGAGGGACAAGAAUCGCACCGCACAAAGGGGGGCGGGCUACGGCUGGGAGGGCCGCAACUGGAUGGACAAGCAACGCCAAUUUCUCCAGGCGUACGAGUAUCUCUGCCACAUUGGCGAGGCCAAAGAGUGGAUCGAGGACGUCAUUCACAGGCCCAUUCCUCCCAUCGCUGAGUUGGAAGAGGCACUCCGGGAUGGCGUAACCCUCGCCGAGGUCGUUGAGGCCUUGAACCCGGACAGACGGUUUCGAAUAUUCCGACACCAGAAGCUACAAUUCCGCCAUUCAGACAACAUCGCCAUAUUCUUCCGCUACCUGGAUGAGGUCGAUCUCCCCGAUCUUUUCCGCUUCGAGCUCAUCGACCUGUACGAAAAGAAGAACAUCCCCAAAGUCAUUUAUUGCAUCCAUGCUCUCAGUUGGCUGUUGUUCAGAAAAGGAAUCGUCGAUUUUCGUAUCGGAAACCUCGUCGGCCAACUUGAGUUCGAGCACCACGAACUUGAGGCCAUGCAGAAAGGCCUUGAUAAGCUUGGGGUUAAUAUGCCCAGUUUCGGAAAUAUGGGAGCCGACUUUGGCGUCGAACCCGAGCCAGAGCCCGAGGAGACCGAAGAGGAACGCAUCGAAAGGGAGCUGGCUGGGAACGAGGAGUCGGUUGCGGAGCUGCAGGCGCAGAUACGGGGAGCCAUGGCGCGGAUGAAGCUCGGGGACAUUAUGCAGCAUCUCUGGAGCUCGGAAGACUCGCUCAUCGACCUACAGUCCCGGAUACGAGGCGAUUGGACCCGGCAAAUUAUGGGUUAUAGGCUCCGGAUGAGGAAGUUUGCCGUCAACCUGCAGAGCUCGGCGCGAGGUUUCAUCGUCCGGAGGCGACUCGCCAACAAGGAGAGGUUCUGGAAGAUGCUGGAGCCUGACAUCUUGGAGCUGCAGAGUCUCAUUCGGGCUAAGAAAGUUCGCGACGAGGUUCGAUACUCCAAAUCUCAGUUGGCGCACUGUGAAGGGCCCAUUCGGGAGGUCCAGGCAGUGUUUCAGGGCUUCUUGGUUCGCAAGAAGCUGGGUGCUCAGCGGCGGGAGACGACAAAAACAUCUGCCGAUGUCCGACGACUCCAGGCAGCUGCCCGUGGCAUGCUGUUGCGAUUCCGCGUGGACAAUGACAAGCAACUCCUUCAUCGACAGGCCGAGGCCGUGAGUCUACUGCAGGCUGCUGCGAGGGCAUGCAUGGCUCGAGAUAAGCUGGCUCGUGAGCAGAACCAGCUUCAGGCCUUUGGUCCUCAGUGGACGGCGCUUCAAGCUCUGCUGCGCGGACACGUGACACGAUCAGGCGUGCGAGCAAUGAAAACGGACCUGCGCCAGCACUCACCCAACGUCGAGUCCCUUCAAGCCUUCAUCCGGGCGGCAGCUGUGCGACGAGAGGUCGCCCAAACGCUGGAGGAUCUUCGAAGCAAUGAGGAGGCCAUCACCAGUCUCCAGGGCUGGGUUCGCGGCAUGGCGGUUAGGCGUCAGGUUGCUCGCGACGUCAACGACCUAGCGCGGGCCGAAUCUCAGAUUACUCGAUUGCAAAGUCGCAUCCGGGGUUACCUUUACCGCCAACGACAUUCCCAAAUCCUGGACGAGCUCGGUUCCCAUGCUCCAGAAGUAUCUGUGCUCCAAGCGCUAGCACGAGGCGCGAUGGUCAGGGAAGAGGUCGGCCUGGUCAUGUCGGAGCUGGAAGCAGAGGAAGAGUCCAUCAUUGCCAUCCAGACGGCUGCAAGAGCCCACCUCGUCCGUGUCAAGUACGCCGAGAAGCAACGAUACUUCAACGAGAAUAUGCAGAAAGUCAUCAAGAUCCAGAGUUUCGUCAGAGCCAAGAUUCAAGGCGAGGCGUAUAAGAGUCUGACCUCAGGAAAGAACCCGCCGGUCGGUGCGGUGAAGAACUUUGUGCAUCUCCUCAACGACAGCGACUUCGACUUCAACGAGGAGGUGGAAUUCGAGCGACUGCGAAAGACGGUUGUUCAGCAGGUCAGGCAGAACGAGAUGCUCGAACAAUAUAUUGACCAACUGGACAUCAAGAUCGCCCUCCUCGUCAAGAACAAGAUCACGCUAGACGAAGUCGUCCGACACCAGAGCAACUACGGCAGCCAUUCCAUAGGUCUCCUGGCCAAUUCUUCCAUCUCCUCGGCAAACCAGUUCGACCUGAAGGCGCUGAAUAAAAGUUCCAGGAAGAAGUUGGAGUCUUAUCAGCAACUGUUCUUCAAUCUGCAGACACAGCCGCAGUACCUCGCUCGCCUGUUCAAACGGAUUAGGGAGCAGGGGACUCCCGAGAAAGAGUGCAAGCGGAUCGAGCACCUCAUGAUGGGUCUCUUCGGAUAUGCCCAGAAGAGGAGAGAGGAAUAUUACCUCUUGAAGCUCAUCUCUCGGUCUAUUCGGGAAGAGGUCGAGAGCUCUCGCGAUCUGGGCGAAUAUCUGCGGGGCACGUACUUCUGGUCCAAGUUGCUGUCAAACUACACUCGAUCGCCUCGAGACCGGAAGUAUCUUCGUGAUAUGCUCGGUCCCUUGGUUCGCGACAACAUUGUUGAGGACCCGGCGCUCGACCUGGAGAGCGACCCCCUCCAGAUUUACCGUGGAGCGAUCAACAACGAAGAGCUGCGGACUGGACGGCCGAGUCGUCGGCCACUGGACGUUCCCCGGGAGGUGGCUAUCCGAGAUCCGGAGACCAGGGACCUCUUUAUCGACCACCUACGAGAUUUGCGGGAGGUUUGCGACCAGUAUCUGUUCGCGCUGGAAGAUUUGCUUCCCAGGAUGCCCUACGGCCUGCGGCUCGUGGCGCGGCAGUUGUUCGAGGCCCUUUGUGACCAUUUCAGGAGGGAGCCUCAACACGUCCUCCUGCAGGUUGUGAUGAACUGGCUCUGGAAGUUCUACUUUCAGCCAGCCGUGAUCGCUCCGGAGAAUGUCGGUGUCAUCGAGAAGCAGCUGAGCCCUCUCCAAAAGCGCAAUCUUGGAGAGGUGGCCAAGGUGCUGGGCCAAAUCGCGUCCGGGCGACCAUUCGGAGGCGAGAACGUCUACUUGCAGCCCCUGAACGCGUUCGUGGGAGAGUCGAUGGACAGGUUAAUCCACCUCACCCACCAGAUCAUCUCCGUCCCGGAUGCGGAGAGGACAUUCGACAUUGACGAGUUCAACGACCUCUACGCCAAAAACAAGCCGACUCUGUACAUCAAACUCACCGACAUCUUCGCCAUCCACAGCCUUGUCGCCUCGGAGCUUCCGUACAUGAGCCCGAACCGAGACGAUGCCCUGCGGGAGAUCAUGCAGGAUCUUGGCAGCGCAAAGAGCAAUGAGAGCGAGAUGGUGGCGGCCGGGUCGUCGGAUAUCCAGAUGUUCCUGACGCCCAAGUUGCACGACGUUGACGAUCCGGACGCAGUUAUUAAGGCACUGUUCAUGGAGACGAAGCGCUGCGUCUUGUACAUUAUCAGGGUGCAGACCGGGACGAACCUCUUGGAGAUUCUCGUCAAGCCCAUUAGCCCGGAGGACGAGUACAGGUGGCAAGCCGUGGUCGGGGCCGACUUCGCUGCCGAUGGCGCCACGAGGGGGGCGUAUUCGGAUGUCAACAUGGUGGACGUGACACGCAUGAGCUACUACGAGCUCAAGCGUACGGCGUUGGAGAACGUGCUGAGGCUGGAGAAGAUGGGCCGGAUUUCCAAGCACAACCAUUACCAGGACAUCCUCAACGCCAUCGCACUCGAUAUUCGGACGAAGAGUCGCCGGCGGGUUCAGCGGCAGCGCGAGCUCGAAGGCGUCCGAAUGACGCUCUCCAACCUCCACGAGAAAGCCAAGUACCUGGAACAGCAGCGGAAGAGUUAUGACGACUACAUCGAAUCUGCCAUGGCGACAUUGCAAAAGAACAAGGGGAAAAAACGCUUCCUCCUGCCUUUCACGAAGCAAUACAACCACCAGCGCGAGCUGGAACGCAGCGGGCGCGUCCCCAAAUUUGGCAGCUACAAGUACAGCGCCCGGGCGCUCUCGGACAAGGGCGUCCUCGUAACAUGGAGCGGCGUCAGCGAACGUGACUGGGACAAGAUCAACCUCACCAUCAGCUGCGACGAGGUGGGCAUCUUCUCCAUCGAGGGGUCGCGAGGUCACAUCCAGAUUCCCGGCGCCAGCGCCCUCGUGCCCAUCGAGGAUCUGCUGCAGGCUCAAUUCGAGGCGCACCAGUUUAUGAACUUGUUUGAGGGGGCCUUGAAGCUCAACGUGAACCUCUUGCUUCAUCUUCUCUAUAAGAAGUUCUACCGGACGCAGUGA